ACUGCCAUAUCAGCAAAUAGCCUGUGGGUUCCAAUCCUUGAGGACAUGUUUCUGAGAUUUCUGUCUGUUUUUCUUAAAGGGUAUCUAGAAGAUAGUGCUUUCAAUGAAUUAUUUGUACAAAUCCCUCAUUAUAAAAAGGUAUAUUAAUAGUUAAAUUAAGUGCUUAUAUUAACUUCUAAUGGGAUUGUACUGUUUUGAUGUCCUUCGUUUUGUCCGGUGUUUUGUGUUUGGUCAGUGAGCUCUGAUUUCCCAGGAGCACGUCAACGCAUUGUUUCCGAGGAUCCAACAGAAAAAGUCCAUUGUUGUUGCGAAGUUUUUAAUCUGGGGAUUUAAAGCACAUCACAUGCUCAGACUGGGCAGCGGGGCGCUCUGCCACAACAAGCAAACCACUGCAAAAAUCCAUGUUGGGGAAGAAAACAUUUAUCCCGCAAGGACCUACGAAAACGUUAAACACACACAUUGGAAUACCAGCGCACUUUUGGGGAGUUUAGGAUCGACGAAGAAGUGAAAAGUAAAAGUCCCGACCGGGAAAGGGAAACUUUUUAUUCUCUGGAGAAACCGGACCGCCGGAGAUUUAGGAUGACGCUGAAAUACAGCCAGCGGUCUCUAAUAGUCCUGUCUUUACUGGGGAUUUUAUCGGCCAUCAUGUCCGUUUUAUCAGUCAUUUUGAUUUUCCAGCUUCAGGCUCAACAGACAGCAGUGAAGGAGUCCCCACCUUCCACCUCCUCGAUCAUUCCUGCCCAAGUCUGGGUCGUCCUGCUCCCCGUCUCCACAGUGCUCUCUGCGCUGUCCCUCACUCUCAACCUGAGCUCCGUGGUGGUGUGUCUCCUCCACAGCUAUUUCUCUGCAGAGGUCUGCAGGGGGGAGCAGGAUGCUGCUGAAAGAGAAGACUGGUUCCUUUUGGAUAGCAGAGCUGUACGACAUGUGGCUAUAGGACUGUUCUGCCUGGGGGUUUCUGUCUAUUUGGCAGCUAUGUCCAUCUUUAUGCUCCUGAUAUUUGAGGUGGAGACGGGCAUUGCAAGCGCUUGCAUACUUGCCUCUGGGAUCUUAAUACUACUCAUCGUUGUCAUCCACUCUCUGGUCAAAGCUUCCCAUAGUGCCAAGCACUACCACAGCGACCACCUCGACACCCUCUACCAGAAUGACCACAGAAGCAGCAGCACACCCGUCUCCCGACCCUGCGAGCUCAAAGUAGGCGUGGACAAACCCCGGAUUCACCGCAGCCAGUCUCACCUCCAGCAUCCGAUCUCCUACCCUCAAUGUGGCAACGCGAGACAGCGAGAACAAUACCAGCAACAGCAGUACUCCCCGGCUGGAGGUUCCCAGGGCAACGUUAGCGAUAAAGACGGCUACAGCAGUGGAGGCAGUUGUCCCCGAAUGCACAGGACCCUGUCUACUGAGUCUGGUUUAUUGCAGGCCCAGGCUAAACCCUGGAAUGGGGUCAACAAUGAGAUGAGGAGCGUCCUUGCACGCAAGUCAGGGAUUUCUGCAAGGGACUCUACUCUUGUGUGACAUAAAGGAAGCUGAGCUUGUGAUUUAAGACACUAGUGACCUUUGCUUAUGUCACAAGAGGACUGCUAACACAAGUGUCAUCUCAAACAACCAUAAAAUUGUCAAUUUGUACUUUUUUACAUUCAGCAUGUUUACCCUGACUCAUUGCAGACGCCAUGAGAUAGAGAUAUAAAAUACCUUCAUCUACUGAUUUCUCCUGUUCAGAUUAUAAAGCAUUUUAAAUUUGAUUUGGACAGCACAAGUUAGUGUUUUUUUAUGAAUGAACACGAUAUAAAUCUCAUUACACACACCAAUCCUGCCUAAAUAUCAUUCUGGCAAAUUUAUAGCUUUCACUGUAAUAAUGUAAAUACUUAUACUGAUGUAUAUGGUGGCCAUUUGCCAAAUAUUUGUGCAGAAUGAACAGAUGUGUUUUGUGUGUGUUGUUCGAAAUUAUUUCAUAUCAACCCCAAAUUAUUAAUUCAUUUUAGAAACAUAAUUCAGUUUAAAAAGUGGGAUGUCUAUCGACACCUGAAUAAGACAUUAAAAUGAUGU